AUGGAUGCGUCGACUCUUUUUCCCGGCAGCCAGCUUGGCCACCCAAAGGGAUACGAGCAGCCAGUAGAAUCCCCGGACAGCGCGAUUUUGAUGGACAUGAUUUUUCAGUACCUUAGAGAAGAUCCUCCAAAAGCCUCACUUUCAACUCCGGUCGACGCGAAGGUAAAGACCUGGGCUGCUACUCUCCCAGACUUUCAAGUUUCUCCAAUCGGUGUCGAAAUGCCAAAGUAUUCAGAACACGAUGACUCUUCAGUACACUCAUCCUCGUCUCCUCUGGAGUCCGCGUUCAGCGAUUCUUCCAGUUUGAACGAUUCAAAUGGUCCCAAAACUCCACCUUUGACGAAGAACAUCACAGCCACAGUGUCCAGUCCAGCACGUGAUGACGAACUCAUGUUUCCUGAUAUGCCUAAACUUCCUCCGCCAGCUCCUCCAGCGAAUAAGCUCAAUCGAAAUUGUUCCCUUCGCCGGUCCUCAGAGGUUGUCAGAAGUCCAUCGCGUGCUGCGAGUACCUCUCGUAGAAUGAGCUUUGGACUUCCUCCCAAUUCAAGCAACUCAAAUCACAAGCCUGAAUCUGUUCUGAAGAUUCCUGCAGCCCAUCAAAGGACGUACCCAACCAUUGCAAGCUUGGUUCCUCUUCCAGAAACUGCUCCAUCUCCAUCACAAGCUCCUCUCAACAAGACAUCAAACGUUCCCCCUCAAUUGAGAAUCUCAACACAGAGCUCUGCUCCUUCUCAAUCACCUCCCCUCGUGCAUCCGGAAUGGGAACUGUGUUUCCCAACGACCCGACCGACCUAUGCGGAACGGAAGGCCCAGAAGUAUCGAGACCAAGUUCGACAGUCAGCACCAAUACCUGAUCACACAAAAGAGCUCUUGAGGACACUUGAGGAAAGGAAGAUCUCACCGAGCAGGCAAUCCAUUACAUUUUCUCCUGCAUCUUCGCCAACUAGCCGCCUAGAGUCCAUUAAUCGCCUCAAAGCAAGCAGGCAGUCGAUGCAAAUUCAAAUCCCAGCCCAAAUCCAGAGACACCCGAUUCAGGAGGUCCCUAUUCAUACCCAAGCUCAGAAAACUUUGGAUGAGGAAUUUCUGAGGAGCCUAAAAGCGAGUAAGACUUCUCCAACCAGAUACUCGGUUCAAUUCCCUUUGCCUCGACCUUCGAUAUCAAGGAGAAGUUCCCUCCAAGUGACUCCUACGCGUUCUCCUCUGCAGACUCUUCCCGAACACCCGAUCCAAAUUCCCAGGAAACCCGUAGCAACUGAGCCGACAAUGACUCGGCUGCAAAGGAAGGCGGAGAUCGAGAAAAUUCCCAGUGUUCGGUCGGAUUUACUGCCUGCGCCACCGAAAACUUCAGUCCAGUCCGGUAUUUGGUUCACAAAGGGCUUUCUUGCUGGACGAGAAGGCAUGCAAAUCAAGAUGACGAGGAGAGUGACGAACUUUUCCAAGAUGGAAUGGGUAAUAGAGAAUGAUGAUGGUGCCAAAAUACUCAAAAGCUUUGGACACAGCAAUUCAUUGAGUCGCAAGACUGAUCUCUCGGAUAUUGAUGACACACCAAUCUUGACACUGCAGAAGAAAACAGGCAGUACUAGAGUGGCCGAAGCACCAAAUGGCACUUCUCUGUUCACCAUCAGGAAUACAUUGUAUUCGAGUCCGUACUGGAUAAUAAAUCUUGGAAGCAAUGACGCACUGGCGGGCACUGUGGAAUGGUCAGCUCGAGGUGAUGAAUCUCUAGAGAAUGUAAUUGUGAGCUGGGGUGGUGUCCAAAUUGGGCGUAUCUCGCUCGAAUCGAAGGCCAAGAAACAUUCGUAUAUCUUGAACGUUGCGCCAGAAAUCAACUACUGUAUUAUAGCGGCACUUGCGACGGUGUUUGAUGACUUGAGGACUGAUGAAGGAUGUUAA